AUGUCUGUCUUUUCCGAAAAAGACUUGAUCGUUUUUAUCUUGAAUGAAAAAUCAAAGAAAGCAAUAUUCAAAUUAGCUCUUGCCGGAAAGUGCCGAACGCGGCCUUUCAGUUUGACGAAAACAGCCGAACUAAACGUAAAGCUUGGACGAAACGGCUCUGCUGAUAAGUUAGACAUUAGCUUAUUGGAUGAUAUAGUAGAAUGCAUGUAUUUAGGAAAAGGUCCUGAGCAACGGAUGGCUCAGGAAGUUUUAACAACCUUAAAGGAGCAUCCAGAUGCUUGGACUCGUGUGGAUACUAUUUUGGAAUAUUCCGGCAAUCAGCAGACAAAAUAUUAUGCUCUGCAAAUAUUAGAAAAUGUUAUAAAGACCCGAUGGAAAGUGUUACCUCGACCUCAGUGUGAAGGUAUAAAAAAAUAUAUUGUUGGUCUAAUUAUUAAGACCUCAUCUGAGCAACAAAUUCUUGAGAAAGAAAAAGUGUAUUUGGGGAAAUUAAAUAUGAUUUUGGUACAGAUUUUGAAAUAUGAAUGGCCCAGGAACUGGCCGUCUUUCAUCAGUGAUAUUGUUGGUGCUAGCAAGACGAAUGAGUCCCUGUGUCAGAAUAAUAUGACUAUUUUGAAACUGUUGAGCGAGGAAGUGUUUGAUUUCUCCAGUGGUCAAAUGACACAAGCAAAGGCCAAACAUUUAAAGGAUAGCAUGUGUAGCGAGUUUUCUCAGAUUUUUCAACUUUGUCAGUUUGUGAUGGACAAUUCUCAGAAUGCACCUUUGGUUGGCUCUAAUCUUGAAACACUGCUGAGAUUUUUAAAUUGGAUUCCUUUGGGAUAUAUAUUUGAAACUAAAUUAAUUACAACAUUAAUCUACAAGUUUUUGAAUGUCCCAAUGUUUCGAAAUGUAACUUUAAAGUGUCUUACGGAAAUAGCGGCUGUGCAAGUGUCUCAAUAUGAUGACCAGGUUACUCAGCUGUUUACAAUGACAAUGGAACAACUGAAACAGAUGUUACCACUAGAAACAAAUAUAAAAGAUGCAUAUCAGAAAGGAACUGACGAUGAACAAAAUUUUAUUCAAAACCUCAGUUUGUUUUUGUGCACUUUCCUGAAAGAACAUGUUAUUCUUAUUGAACGCAAGUCUGAUUACCAUUCAUUUUUAAUGGAGGCUCUUCAUUAUUUGAUCCUUAUUUCUGAAGUUGAUGAAGUUGAAAUAUUCAAAGUGUGUUUAGAAUAUUGGAAUUCCUUGGCAGCAGACCUCUAUCGUGAAAGUCCGUUUUCAGCAAGUACAACAUCUUUGAUGCUAGCGCGACCUCAUGGAGAAAUGCCUAUCAGAAGGCAAUUAUAUAAUCCUGUACUAUCAAGGAUACGAAGAGUAAUGAUAUCUCGAAUGGCCAAACCAGAAGAAGUACUUGUAGUUGAAAAUGAACAAGGGGAAGUUGUACGAGAAUUUAUGAAGGACACGGAUUCAAUCAAUCUUUAUAAAAACAUGAGAGAGACUCUAGUUUAUUUGACUCACUUGGAUUAUGCUGAUACAGAAAACAUAAUGACAGAAAAACUUCACAAUCAAGUGAAUGGUACUGAAUGGUCUUGGAAAAAUUUAAAUACACUCUGUUGGGCCAUAGGCUCAAUUAGUGGUGCUAUGUAUGAAGAUGAUGAAAAGAGAUUUUUGGUGACAGUUAUCAAGAAUCUACUUGGAUUGUGUGAACAAAAGCGAGGUAAAGAUAACAAAGCAAUUAUAGCUUCCAAUAUCAUGUAUGUUGUUGGACAGUACCCACGGUUUUUGAGAGCACAUUGGAAAUUUUUGAAAACUGUUGUCAACAAAUUGUUUGAAUUUAUGCAUGAAACUCAUGAUGGAGUUCAGGACAUGGCAUGUGAUACUUUUAUAAAAAUUGCACAAAAAUGUCGUCGACAUUUUGUCCAAGUGCAAGUUGGGGAAGUAAUGCCCUUUAUUGAAGAGAUUUUGACCAGUAUUAACACCAUUAUUUGUGAUCUCCAACCUCAGCAGGUUCACACCUUCUAUGAAGCUGUGGGUUUGAUGAUAAGUGCUCAGACAGAUCAAGUUCCCCAGGAUCAUCUUAUUGAAAGAUAUAUGAUGUUACCUAAUCAAGUGUGGGAUGGCAUUAUAAAUCAAGCAACGCUGAACGUUGAAGUAUUAAAAGAUCCUGAUGCUGUCAAACAACUUGGUAACAUUCUCAAAACAAAUGUGCGUGCAUGUAAAGCAUUAGGUCAUCCCUAUGUGCUGCAGCUUGGUCGUAUCUAUUUAGAUAUGCUGAAUGUUUACAAAGUAAUGAGUGAGAACAUUAGCAGUGCUAUUGCUACAAAUGGUGAGAGUGUCACAAAACAACCUCUUAUACGGAGCAUGCGUACUGUAAAGAAAGAAACCCUCAAACUUAUAUCAGGUUGGGUUAGUCAGUCAACAGAUCCACAAAUGGUAGCUGGGAACUUUAUUCCUCCACUUCUUGAUGCUGUGUUGCUAGAUUACCAAAGGAACGUACCUGCUGCUCGGGAGCCAGAAGUUUUAAGUACAAUGGCAACCAUAGUCAAUACUUUGGAGAACCACAUUACUGAAGAAAUUCCACAAAUUUUUGAUGCUGUCUUUGAGUGCACUCUUGAUAUGAUUAACAAGGACUUUGAGGAAUUUCCUGAACACAGAACCAACUUUUUCUUGUUAUUACAGGCUAAUGUAGCCCAGCAUGAAAAUGCUGCUCAAAGUUUUUACCAAACCUACUUCACUGACAUCUUGCAGCAUAUAUUUUCUGUUGUUACUGAUAGUUCACAUACUGCUGGACUGACAAUGCAUGCUACUAUUCUUGCUUACAUGUUCAGUUUGCUUGAAGCAAAUAAAGUCACAGUUUCUUUGGGGCCCAAUAUUAACAACACACAAAACAUCACAUACAUUCAGCAAUUUUUGCUAAAUCUUUUAAAGGCAGCCUUCCCACAUUUGAAUGAGCUGCAGAUCAAAAUCUUCAUUGAUGGUUUGUUCAGUUUCAAUCAAGACAUCCCAGCAUUUAAGGAGCAUUUGCGAGAUUUCUUGGUGCAGAUUCGGGAAUUUGCUGGUGAAGAUAACAGCGACUUGUUUUUGGAAGAACGAGAAACUUCUAUUCGACAAGCCCAGGAGGAGAAACUUUGUCUGGAUUCUUUCAGACAGAGCUUCUUACUGGUAUUUGAACACCUCCCGCCCCCUACCCUCUCUUCUAUCCCAUCACCCCCUCUUCUAACCCCAACACUCUUCCAAGAUUUUUUUCCAGUUCUCUCUCUUCUUCCUCUUCCCAAGUACUCCAUUUUGUUUCUCUCUCCCUCUCUCUCUUCUCUCCCCCCCAGGUACUCUAUUCCCUUCCUCUCACACACCUUAACUAACCCUGACUUCUUAAAUCUCUCUCCCCUUUUAUGUUUGCUGUUAUUGUUGUUUUGUUCCUCACCUCCCCCUGCCAGCAGUCCUUCCUUGAUGUCUGUCAAUGAAGUAAAGCAAACAAAAGUGGCAGACGAGAAAUAUCAGUGA